AUGCAACGCACUGUAAUAUCCGCCAUUGCUGCCUUAAGCUCAUGCAAUGGUUUAGUUGAGUCCUCCGCGGCCGAGGUCUUCAUCAGCAAUCCCAGCACGAAUACAUCGUCACUAAACGGAACAGAUAUUCUAAGGCAAAAGGGGACGAGUGUCAUACUCGAAGCCACAUCAGCCUCAAAGAUACGCCGCCCAGGUCCUGAGGCCUGGAAGGACUGGGGAUACUUGACACAACUGGGCGAGACUUUUCGUGUUGUAUACGUGCGCCUGUUUGGUCAAACUCCUCCCCUUUCCCGAGGAAAUCCUGGCGACAUCUGGGUCGACACCCGUGACCGUAAGAUUUAUUAUUCCGACCAUCUCCAGGUCUGGCAACCUUGGAGAGGACACGAAGAUAAGGUCUUUCACCCCAUCGUCAUUGGAUAUGAGCUACUCUGGGACGCCCUGAAGAAAACGAUAUCCUGGGCUUCUGCGACCACAGCUAAAAGACGAAAAGUACAGAAGAAUAAUACCUCCACCCUCCCUUCCUUAGACAUUUGGAAUCACUUGGCCGCAAUCGAUGAAGCAGGACCUAAGCGUCCUCGUCAUAUUGACAUCGCCCCGCCAAGCAUCCCUGAGCAAAUACUCGCAAUCCUUGACUCCGAAAAUCUCCUUUCUUUUACUGGCGAAUCACCCCCGGAUUCAGCUUACAGUCAUGUUCACCACGAUCCCUCAACCAAGUUGCUUCCAACUGCAAUCCUAACCUACACCGGGAUAUGGAAGCAAGAUUCAAUCGUCCGUGCCAAAGGAACUCAAUUUCCGGAGGAUGCGUCAAUCUUAACAUGGUUCAUUGACGGAGGGCUCGAAAGCGAGGCCAAGCCUGACCGCGCGCGCAAGCUGGCGACGCGCUUUGGGCGAUGGAUUCGGGACGAUGUCGACGGAGAACUCGAAAGCAAGGUUCGCUAUAUCGCCUCUCUCCGUGUCCAUUUUCGCUGA